ACGUUAAAAUUUAUCAAUUUAUCAAUAAUUUAUACUAUCAAUUUGAUCAAGUGCAUAGAUCAUCAGUAAAUAUCUAAAUUGCCACGCCCACCUUCGGAAUAAUAAUGGUGUCGGAUUAAAGAUUUUUUUCGUGUAUUCUGUAGAGAAAUUUUUUUUCUGUUGGUAAACACUUCCAGAACUGUACAUUAAGAGUCGCCUUUUGUGUUUCCGUUUCAACCUUAAAAUUUACAGAUAAAGAUAAAAUUAUUGAAAUUUAUCUCAUGGUUCGAAGGAGGUGGAAAGCUCAAGUGGCAGUAUCAUAGAACUUAAAAAAAGAAAAGAAAAAAAACUUUUAAUGGGUUUUCUUGAAACGGAAGAGCGAGAAUCACUCGAAAUAAAGUCACCUCGUUAUGAAGUCGACACCUCACAAAACGAACAACAUCAAGGAGAUAGAACUCCUUCUCCAGCAUCAUCGGAGAAUUCAGCACUUUUAAAUAAUAAUUUUCCAAGUAAUAUUCAAACUUUGACAAACUCUUUUAUAAGAUAUUCUUCUACCCCGCGGAAACUUAGUGCUUCAUUAUCAAUGCGAAAUGCUUCAGCUUCACUUUCAUUUUCUUACUCCAUGAUAAUUAUAGGAGUAUUAACAAUUAUUUUGGUUGGGAUGAUUAUGGAUUCAUUUUUUAACCGUCAAAAAGACUCCAAAGGGUGUCAUGUUUCGAGAAUGUACCCUUGGUUCAUCAAACAUGAUAACUUUGAUAGUGAACAAUCAAAAUUUGCCGGAAAGUAUGGCUUGUAUCUAUACAGAGAUAGAGUAUACGAUUCUAAUGAUCAGCCAACCGGCAUUCCAGCCCUUUUUAUUCCAGGCAAUGCUGGUAGCUAUAAACAAGUUCGUUCAAUAGCUUCAGAGACAUCAAAAAUUUUCUCCGAAAUUGUUUCGAGAGAUCAGAGAUCAUUAGAGAUGGGAGUUAGAGCACUUGAUUUUUUUACAGUUGAUUUUAAUGAAGAAUUUUCUGCACUUCAUGGACAUUCUCUGAAUGAGCAGGCGGAAUAUCUUAAUGACGCUAUUCGAUAUAUUUUAUCAUUGUAUCCGUCAACACGAAAAAUUCUGAAUACUAAUUCACCGCAUCCGGAUCCGACUUCUGUUAUUAUAGUCGGACAUUCAAUGGGUGGUGUAGUUGCUAGAACUUUAUUUACGAUGCCAAAUUAUCAACCUGGAUCCAUAAACACCAUUUUGACAUUUGCAACACCACAUGUUUUACCUCCUGCCCCAUUUGAUUGGCAAAUAAGUAAGAUUUACACCGAUAUUAAUGAGUUCUGGAGAAAUGGAUAUUCUCAGAGUGCAACUUCCGAAAAUUCUUUGGCGGAAGUUACUUUGAUAUCUAUCGCCGGUGGGAAUUUGGAUACUGUCGUAUGUUCAGAUUCUGCAAAUAUAAACUCAAUCGUUCCUGCAUCUCAUGGCUUCACUGUUUUUACUACAUCUAUUCCUAAUGUAUGGACUUCUAUGGAUCACCAAGCCAUUCUAUGGUGCGAGCAAUUAGUCAAGGUUGUAGCGACCUCUUUAUUGAGUAUUGUUGAUAUUAGGCGCUCCGGGCAAACGAAACCAAGCGCAGAAAGGAUGGCGGCAUUUCGAAAAUUUUAUUUAACUGGACUUGAAGAUCCAAUUGAUUUAGGAUUGAAUAAGUCAAAAAGAGAAUUUUUUGGAAUAGUAAAUUUGGAGAAGGUGCCCCACAAAUUUUUAAACAUGGGCCAGAGAAUAGUUUUAAAUCAUUUAAAUCUAACAACACAAGUAUAUUUAAUGCCAAUACCACCACCAGAACCACUUUCAACAUUUUCUUUAUUGACGGAUCAAUACUUGUCAAAAAAUCCUGGAAUAGAAAUUCUUUUAUGUGAUGUUAUGCCAACAGAAGUUCCCGAUCAGCAAAAUAAAAAAGAUCUAUCUUUAAACAUAGAUUUACCCACAGCACCAAGACUUUCUUGCCACAUAGCAUCUAAUGAAGCAUCUUUAUUGCCAGCUUCAAGAAGAGAUUUGAAACAUCCAUUUUCUGGUUUAACCUUCAAUUAUUUAAAAUUAAAUGUCAGUGAUCUGGGAGAUUAUCAAUAUAUUGCUAUUAUGUUUUAUAAUAAAGUUUCUAUGGAAGGAUUCUUAAUUGGAGAAUUCUUUGAUGAAAGAUUAACGAUUAUGGAAUUAAAUAACUCGUCUAUGAAAGAUCUUAUAAUUGAUGGCAUUCAUAUUGAUGAAUUUCCUGAACAUCAAACCAUGGUAUCUUAUUUGCAUAUUCCAAUUAUUGAUAGUAGUUUAAUGACAUAUAAAAUGUCAGUUCGACGUGUGGGAUGUGUAGAACAUUUUGCAACAUUUGCACGUCAAUCUAUUUCGUCCAUGUACGAAUCUAAAUUUCUGGUCAACGUCGAUAAUGCGGAUUUGAAUAUUCAUGGACAGUCUCCUUUUGUGACACCUGUUAGUGCGCCUAAUUUUCGUAGAGGACUUGAAUUACAAUUUUGGAUGGAUCCUACGUGUUCAAUUCCAUUAUCAAUUGAUAUUGAAUGGGAUUUUUAUGGAAGUCUUGGUAAAAUAAUUAUGCGAUUUCAAACUGUUCUCGUUGCUUUUCCUUUCAUAAUUGUGAUUAUGACUUUAAGGACACAAUUUAGAGAGUACGAUCAUGGUGAGACCUUUAUAAGCUUCGGGCAUGGGUUAGCACUUUUCAUUCGACAAACAUUCUUGAAAUUUAUUAUUUUUGUGUCAGCAUUGUCUAUUUACCAAUCAGUUACUCGAGCUUCAAAAACAUAUUCAUUAGCAGAUUUAUUUCCGAUGGAUUAUGCAUCAGGAGACAUGCAAAAAGCUAUUAAAGCCAAAUCGUCAUUUAAUGUGAAUGAUACAUUACUUGGAAAUCAGGAUCCAUUUUUCUGGUUUCUACCACCGUUAUUUUUUAUAAUGAGUAUUGGAAUAACUAUAGUUAGUUGGAUAUUAUUAGCAUUUAUUGUAAGAGUUUUGGCUGGAGCUGCUGUAUUUAUGAGUCGACGGGAUUUAUUUGUAAAAAAUAUAGUUAAUAAGCCUUCGGAAUCGAAGUCAAGAUUGCGAAGGCAUGUAAUAAUAACAUUAAUACUUUUUAUUCUUGUUGCUUCUUUUGUUCCGUACCAAUUCGCGUUUAUUGUCGCAUUUUUGGUGCAAAUUUCAUCGUGUGUGAAGUCUUUAAUAAUUGCUCGAUCAGUGUAUAAAUCGACAUGUGUACAAGAAAGUUGGGAUAAUUAUCAUUAUUUACAAUCAAUAUUAAUCUUAUUUUUUAUGUUAUUGCCAUUUAAUGUACCUGUGUUAAUGGUAUGGAUAAGAAAUAUGUCAGUUAAUUGGUUUGCGCCAUUUUCAUGGGAUCAUAGUAUAUUGGCCAUAGCGCCAAUCAUAUUUUAUGUUGAAAUUAUAACCAAUGGAAAAAUGCUGCCUAGAUCAACCGGAAGAAAAUCAAGAUUUGUAACUAAUGCAAUACUGUUAAUAAUAACUAUUUAUUCAUUAUUAUAUGGAGUAAGAUAUACGUAUUUAUUAUAUUUUUCCUCACUAGGAUUUAUAACAUGGCUUAUUAUAUUACAUGUUAGAGAUUCAUGGAUUGGUAAAACAAUGGACAUUUAUAUGCAAAGUAUAUUCAAACGUAAUAUGAAAAUUUCAUGACAAUGUGAAUUAUUUAUUCUAAUUUUUAUUAAAGAAAAUUAAUCAUAUUAAUUAUAUUUUAAUAUA